CACGGGGGGUGUGGGGGGGGGGGGUGGAAACACAGUUCCACCCGAAUUUCCGCCUGUCUUUCAGUUUCUUCGGUCAGGGAAAAGCUGAGCACUAGCCUUAGGAUAGUACGUGAUGUAAGGCUACAGUAACUGUACCAGGGCUCGCGACGUUUUGGCGGGAAGGUACGCGACGCUUCCAAGCGAGGCUGAAAGGGUCUGAGAUUCUUGAUCGGACACUUGAUAUUUUUUUUCCAGAUCUUCUAAGUAGUAUUACGAGAGCCAACAGAUGUCAUUCCAUGGCAACAGAAACCAUAAUUCUUUGUCUGACCCUCCGAUAAACAACCUUGUUCAACAGCUUGGCAAAUUCAGACAGGAAAACACUGAAACGACCGUCAACAGUAGUUCGACUCGCGGCUCGUUUUCAUCUGCAAAACACAAGCAUCAAACUCCUUGUCGGGGCAAAUUCUUUAAUUUCUUUUCCAAGAGGAACCUCAAGGAACAGGGAAAUACUUCAGUUAGAGAUGAAUCAGAGGAAGGAGGAUUUUAUGACAGGCAGCACUCUGAAUACAAGGCUGCAGACGGAUCAGGGUUACGCCAAAUUGCACGUGUGACACCAUUUGCGCCCACAACGUAAGUAAUAUUGUUAUACUUUUAUUUGUGAUAUCUUCAAAUUAUGUUGAAUCAAUUUCAGUCUAUGGGAACUUAAUGCAGAAGGAUUACCUGGAAUCAAAUCAUCCCAGUUACACUAUUCAAUUGAUAAGAAUUAUAAUAAUAAUAUUACAAUCACGGUAACAAUAUUGCAACAAGAAAGAUCUCAUUCAAAAGGAAGUUGGUAAUUCAGUUGGCAAGAGUAUUGGACAAAGAAAAACUAGUGUCCCCUUUGGGAAUUGAA